GGUGCUCCUCCCUAGGUGUGCGCAGAUGGCCAGCGGAACGCGGGUGUGGCCUCACAGAAGAGGUCGGGACAGGUCACUUCUCAGAAGUUCCUCAUGGGCUCAUCCAAAAGAGUGUCAUACUGGACAGUGGAGGAAGUUUACAACUGGGUGAAGAAGCAGUAUCGGGGUGAGCAGACUGCUCUGCAGCGGGCAGUGCUCAACCAUGCCAUCUCAGGUCGGGCUCUUCUGAGGAUGAGCAAGCACCAGCUUGACCGGCUGGGCAUAGAACCGGAGUCGCAGCAGAAGAUUCUACAGGAUCUCCUGCUCCUCAGGGUCCAAGAGGAACUGGAGAACCUCAAUGACAUCUUCUCUGAAUGUUUCUCAUCUCUGCUGAAGAUGGACUGGACAUGAAGCAUCUUUCCUCCUGUGCAGGGUGGUGGACCAGAACGGACAACACUACACUGGUCAUGGCACCGUUUUAGGCACCACCACAAAAGAAGCCUCAUAAAGCCUCAAAAAUGUGUAGGCUACUCCGUAAUUAUCAGACACAUUAAAAGGAGCCAUUAAAGUAUCACCAAGUAAUAAUAUUAGAUUGGCUAAAUGAUGCCAUUAAAGUAUCACCAAGUAAUAAUAUUAAAUUGGCUAAAUGAAGCAGGCCAUGACAAAGAGAUGGUAUGUAUCUAGCUAACACCAGGUAUACAGAUAUUAAAAGGAUUCACGCUUUCAAAACUUUUUUAAACCCAAUCCAUGUGAAAUAGAUCUGUGUAGAUCAGCUGUAGAUCAUGUCAAAAGGUUUUUAGAGUGAGAAGCCAAAAAAGGGCCACUAAAGUAUCACCAAGUAAUGAUUAGAUUGGCUAAAUGAAGCAGUUGAAUCCUGUGCAUGCAGUACUGUAAUUCAGGUCUAACAGUGGCAUACCCUCAGAAGACCUGAUGACAAAAUCAAAAUGGCUGCACUGGAUCUCAGGUCUAAGUACCUAAGACCAUCUCCUAUGUAGGUCUAUUUUCAAGGUCAGUCAUUUAAUUAAUAGCACAAUGUUACAGUUAAGCCAAAGUGCUUUCCAGUUGGAAAAUGGACAAUAAACAUAUUUAUAAAUAAAGGAAUAAGAAUUAAAAACACUGCAAAGGAAAUAUAUAAAGCGUAUUAAAAAUAAACAUAUAAAAUGAAUAAAGGCAUGAAUAAAGACAAAAUAACAAGGUCAUAUUAACCUUUAAUGCAUAACCUGGGUCAAAAGUGACCCGGAUGACUUCAAAUGUUGAAUAUUUUUGCGAUACAUUUAUUUCAUCAUGCAGUAUUCCAUGAAUUCCUCAAUUAACUUGCUUUUAACCAUUACAUAUCUUUAUUUUCAUUUUUCCAUUCUUUAUUUUUUAGAAAAAGUCGUUUAUGUAUUACUACCCCUUCAAUGCGUAACAUGGGUCAAAAAUGACCCGCAUUCAUUUCCUAUGGUAAUUCAUGCAUACAUGUGUUUAUAUAUAUAUUUUAGGAAUUUAUUUAUUUCAUCAGUCAAUAUUCCAGAUAUAAAUGUAAUAUCUUGUUUUUGAUUAUUACAAAUCACUUUUUCCUUUCUCUGACACAAUAAGCAAGGUGCAAAUACAAUCAAAGUGGUUCAGUGAGUAGGAGGGCUAUUGUGUAAUUUACUUUUGAAGUAGGUCUACUUUAUUUUCUUUAGCUAGGUGGUCCGUGAGGCUUUUUUUUUAAUUGAUUAAGUGGUCCUUGGUCUGAAAAACUUCGUCCAGUUUUCAGACAUGGGUCAAAAAUGACCCGCAUUCAUUUCCUAUGGUUUUUCAUAGGCUGCGUAUUCCUUUGCUAUAUCUAGUGAAAUAAUGUAUGUAUCAUUGAAUAUUGCAGUUCAUUUUGCAGUUGUUCAGUAAAAAUCCUUUUGAUUACUUCAAAUAAUUACAAAUAUAUUUUUUUCUAUUACUAAAUCAAGUUUACAGACAUAUGUCAAAUGUGACCCCUGUGUGCACUUUUGAUUAGAAGCAAAAACAAGAUAUAUUAAAACAAUUACUUUGAUAAAAGUAUUAGGUUGUAAUUGUUUUAAACAAAAUAACAACACAUACUAUAGUUGAAAUAUGUGAAAUACACAUAUUUUAUCUAUCAUAUCUCACUUUAUCACACAUGACAUCACUAAUAACCAAUCACAUGUAUUGAAAUAUACUAUAUCUGAAGUAUAGAGAACUGUGGUGAAUGUGUCCAAAUUAACUAAAGCUGAUUAAGUAAAACACAUGGGUACAAUAAAUGGCCAUUUCAGCACUACAUGACACUUGCAAAUUACCAUUACAUGUUUGCCCUUGUACACAGCUUUAGUGCAAUGGAAACACAGCUUCCAACUUUUAGUAUUCUGGGUUUCUGUGCAGCUCUAGCUCCUCUUUCACUUCACUUGUCCUUCCUCUCUGAUGCCCUUUUGUGGCUCUGUUUGGUUUCCCUUUUCUACAUAUUUCAAUUGUGAGUAAUGGGUGAAUCUCAAUAUCCCUCCCUCAGCCCUGAACCCUCAAAGACUUAUCUGCCAUCAGGCCAAACGUGAAAUUCAUGAUUUCAUGUCAAAUCAAUGAUUCAUGUCAGUUCUGUUUUUGAGGGUUCACAACUUAGGGGGUCUUGGGAUUCAGCCUAUAUGUGUUUGGAAGAAGGAAGUGACCUCCACACUGCUUAUCCUGUGUGGCUUGACAAGCUCUUUGCCCAGCUUACUAUCAGGGUAUUGUGCAGUUAGUAUACUGUAUGCAUCAAGUGCAUCCAGUACAUUGGACAAGAGCACUAUGGACCCAUGGGCCAUCUCUAUCCCUGCUUUCAUUAGUAUGUCUACACAUCUAUGCAGAGAACAUAAAUAUGGCUCAUGCAUGGUUCCCUGGAGCGCUGCAUGUUGUCACCCCUCAAUACCAAUAGCAGUUUAACUGAUCAGCAUCCUGAUUGUAUCGGUGGAGUUACUGUACUAUGGAUGUUCAAAAUGGAACUAGGUGAAGUAUUCUCAUGACACAUAUGAAGAAGUACAUGCAUGAAGGGCAUGCCUGACCUUCAGAGCUAUAUGGAUAUGAAAAGAUGUGGGACAAAGAAACCACAGUCACAAUGUGAUACCAGACAUGAUGGUCAAGAGAAAGGGAAGAGAUCUGAUCAGCUACCAAUGACACUAAAAGUAAUAAACUGACCUAUAUGUGCAAGGAACACACAGGAAAACAAAACAAAGCUGAAUGCAUGGGUAUUUUUCGCCCACACACAGAAACUUGAUGUAGUAAUAGAAAAGCUAUGUUUGUUCAGAAAAUAAGACAGGAAAAGUAAAAAUAACUAUAUGUAGCAAUCAAAAAUCUUUAUCUUGAUAUAUACAAGCAAUAUUGAAUGAUAAAAUAAAUUACUUUCAAUAAAUAUAGGAAAGGAACACACAAAUAUCUAUAAAAUACCAUAGGAAAUGAAUGCGGGUCAUUUUUGAACCAUGUCUGAAACUGGACGUAAUAAUGCAAAAACUUUGUUUAUUCAUAAUGUUAAAGAGGAAAAAUAAAAAACAUAAAAUACAAAACAUUUGCAGUGAUUACAAACAAGUUAUUUAAUGGAUAGCUGACAUAUUAAAGGAUAAAAUACAUAUAUUUGUUAAAAUGUUGCAAAUAAAAAGACACUAUUAUUUUUCAUUCGUUUGAAAAUAGUUAGGCCUUCAGAGAAGGCCUUGAAGGCCCUGACGGUCCGCCACUGGUCUGGACAAUGUAGGAGCACACUCAUUCACAGCAUUAUCAAACAACACUUACCGGUAAAUCUUAAAAUCUGUCUACAAUCUCACUGGGAGCCACUAGUACAGCUAAAAUAGGUGUAGUUUCAUCUUGGUCUUAAUUUGUAGUCUAGCUGCAACAUUUUGGACCACUUGUAAGUGAUGCUUGGCUAAUGAAUAGUGUCUUAAAAUGGUCCAGUAUAGUGUCUUAAAUGGUCCAGUCUGGACGAUAUGAAAGUAUGGACUUCCUUCUCUCAGUCUUUUGGGCAACAGAAAUUCUGCACUGCUGCAAUUAUACAUCAUAUAAUGAGGCACGAACCACAGAAUUGACCAGCUUAUCAAAUCUAAUGCUCAAGUCAAAAAAGCACCCCAAGACUCUUUACCACAAGACUCUACAACAGGCGUUUGCAUGUUUGGAGUUGACCAAAUACGCUAUGGUAAUGCAUACUAGCAUUUACACAAUGCAAUACAAGAUCAUUUGUUUUCUCUAGAGAGUCUUCAAUGUUAUGGUUUAACCUAGCUGUUCAUUUAUGUUGUUCUUUAUUUAUUCAAAUCGUUGUUUGUAGAAUUGUCUCAUGAUAAUCAGAUUGACCCCUUCUUGUUUUGAUAAAUAUAUAUAAAAAAAAAGCCAAAGAAAUGAAAAGAUAUGUGCAUCGUAGCAGAGCAGGGCAAGUAGCACGCUGUACCAAAUCAGUAUGGAGAGAAUCUGAGCCUAGUUCAAAGGAAAGCAGGGCAUAAACAAAAAGAAAUGCAAGCACUAAAUCUGUUUAUGUUUUAAAUCCUUUCCGCUUGAAGCAAUCCUCUCUCUGGCGGUGGGGUUUGGCCCAUGAUCCUGUCGUGCUGGUUCUGCACAGCACCUCACGGAAACCUCACAUUUCAGAAGCCCUCUCAUGGUGAUUAGGCUACCUGGCCAACACACUUAAAUAGGGAAGAAAACUCACAUUGUUUACAUGUCAGAAAAGUAUGAAUAAUGUAACCUCUACUGGAAAGUGAGGUCUGUGAUGACGGUAAUGUUUAUUCAUUAGAUAGAGGAUUCUGCAUGUAUUACGCUGCCAAGAGACCUGUUAUUUGUACAGUGAUGUGCCUGUAAAACAAAUGGGGUUCUAAUUUGGUUGACAUGGAAUGCGCAAUGCAAAGCAUUAAUAGCAACAGGCACAAAGUAAUGCUAAUUUAAUAAGCUGGGCAGAACAUUUUGCUAAUUUACAACGCAACACCACCACACACACACAGACGAGGAAGGUCUCUGUUCAUGAAUGUAUUUAAACUGAUACCCUUUCCAUAAAACUUCUAAAAAUCAUUGAUGACUCUCAUUUAAAGUCAACAUCCAUCAUGUUUCUCUCAAUAUGAAAGAAAACGUUUCAAAUCACAAAACUGAUUUCUGCAUCAAUGUGCCAUAAAUAGACAGAUAUGGUAUCACAGCCUGGUCCCACUGUGUGAUUCUCAUUGCUUAGUGGCUGUGUGCACUGCACGCUAUGGAAACAAAUUAGUGCCCAUGGUGUGUGACCUGAUGACCUUUGCAGACUCUCAGGGAUGCAACAGGCCCAUGUACAAGAGUAUGAAAUGUUACUAACCUUAUGCAUAGAAGUAGGCCUACUGUACAUUUUAUCUAUGUAAUAUGUUUAAUGUUCAUGCAUAACUAUGUUUUGUAUUUGUAUAUUAACAAGACUAAUAUUACAAUUAUAGUCAAACACAAAUGAUAGUAAUUGCUGUAUCCUAAAUAAAAUAUGAAUGUAUUAUACUGUU